AUGAAGCUGUUCCUCGCGCUCUUCGGGUUAAUCGCCUUCACACACCAGGUUUCGGCCACGGCUUCUUGCCCAUCACUUAGUGCUACAGCAGAUCCGACCCGGACCAGGACCACAUCCACACCAGACACGAACUCGAGCCCGCCACGUUGCCCCAGCGGCGAAUUCUGCUACAACGACGGCACCAACGACGACUGCUACGUGGCCAUGAACUGCCCCAAGCUGCCGUACGACUGGUGGGUGGUGAGGACAGCUAAUUCACCCGUCGCCACCGCCGAUCCCGCAUAUUGUGCCAACAGCGAGGAGACGUGCUACAACGACGGGACCGUGGAUAGCUGCUAUACGUACUACACCACAACCGAUCGGCCGCAUACCCAGGCCCCGUCCAGGGACUGCGUUCGUGUCUUUUGGCCGAUGACCCCCGCUUCCGUCAUCGCCGAAGCCAAUCCUUCAACUGGCGCUUGCCCGCAAAACACCCACUGUGAGGAGGGAAGAACCACAAAUGGACAGCAGGGCCGUUUCUGCAUCGGCAACGGAUACGUCGACCCUAACCGUCUUACCGUCCCGUGGUAUUUCGUU